CCUUGACAGACAUGCCCUCUGUUCCGUGACAACCUGGUUUUCGGGAAUGGGGAACAUGAAGCUGUUGUGUGUCUGGGCUGUGUUGCUCUGGGGGACGUGCAGUGCAGUGCAGACCGGUAGAGAAUUCAUCACCACCUUUAUGCAGAACUAUUUAGGAACCAGUGCUGACACAUUACUAGAGCUGGAGAUCAUCUCCUACGAAGAAGCCACCACCGUGACUGUGAGUGUGAACCAGAACCCCCUGCGGAAGGUCCUGGUGCUGGGAAAGGACCAAACGGCAAGUGUGAAAUUGCCCAACUUUCUACAGCUCAAAGGGAACACCCACACCCUGUUCACUGUGAUCAUUACAUCCAGUAAGGAUAUAUCGGUGGUCUCGGUCAAUAAAAGAUCCUAUACGAUGGACGCUGCCUUGAUUUACCCCGUCUCUGCCCUCGGCAACGAGUAUUAUAUCUUCACCCCGCCCAACAAAGGUAAUUCAAAGGAGUUCACAGUCAUCAACACGGGAGAGCCGAAUACGAUCCAGAUAUACCGAGUGAAUACCAGGAAGGUUCAAACCAUCAGUCUGAAACCCUACGAAAACUAUCAGUUCCAAAGCAGGUCCGACCUGUCCCGCAGCAGGAUCGUGUCCGUCAAGCCAGUGGCCGUCUUGUCCGGCCACACUUGUGUCUAUUACAGAACCAAGUGCAACCACGUCUUUGAGCAGCUGCCUCCGGUCAGCAGUUGGGGAAAGACUUUCAUCGUGGCCCCCCUCUCCGUCCAGAGGCAGUUCGAUCUGAUCUACGUGCUGACUUCGAAGGACACCGAGAUCCGCUUCGGCCAAGGGGGCCAGAAGCCGGACCGGCUCAAAGCCGGGCAGAUGACGAGCUACCAGAUCUCCCAGUCUCGCCCGCUCUCGAUCACCGCCAGCGAAGGUAUCAUGGUUAUGUUUUACUGCACAGGCGGGGUGUUAAGCAGACAAUUUCGCUUUGAUCCCUUCCUGGUGAACGUUGUCCCCGUUAGUCAGUACUCCACAGGCUAUCGCUUUCAGGGCCGGCCAGGUUUCUCCAACUUCGCAAACAUCAUAGCUCGAACCUCUGACACCGCCCGCCUAAAAAUGGACAAGAAGGUGAAACUCGCUAGCCUCAAGUGGGAAAAUAUCAAAGGGACAGCAUUCUCCUGGGCUGACUUAAGGUUCAGUGAUUUGAAACUGCACAGCGUGGCAGGCGAAGCUGUGGAGCCAUUCAGUCUGUACGUCUAUGGUGUUACCAAUCGUGAUGCCUACGGCUUUCAAGCAAGUCCGGAUGCAUUUCAAGUUUCAGAUCCGUGCAUUUACACCAAGUGUGUAGCGAAGGAAAAGUGCAGGGUGGUCAACGGCAAGGCUGAGUGCCAGCCGAUCGGCGGAGCGGUGUGUUGGGCAUCGGGUGAUCCACAUUACAGCACCUUCGAUGGACAGAAGUACGAUUUCCAGGGAACUUGCAAGUACACCAUUGCCAAGACCUGUGGCACGGAAACUUCUCUCCCGAGCUUCAAAGUCGAGGCCAAGAAUGCUAACCGAGGCAGCACAAAAGUCUCUUACGUCGAUCUGGUCAAUAUUUAUGUGUAUGAUCUGAACAUUACUGUACUGAGGAGGGAGCACAGCCUAGUCAGGGUUAACGACCUCAAGUCCAAUCUGCCGCUUCUCCUCCAUGAUGGGAAACUCAAGCUGUUUCAAAGCGGCUCCUACAUGUUGCUGGAAACUGACUUUGACCUCAAGGUGAAAUACGACUGGAAUCAUCACCUGGAGGUCAGGGUCACGAGCAGUUUCCAGGACAGACUCUGCGGGCUUUGCGGUAACUAUAACGGGAAGCCGGACGACGACUUCAAGACGCCAGGUGGUCAGGUGGCGUCAGCGCCAAACGACUUUGCUGCGAGCUGGAAGGUGAACGACGGUGACAAGGCUUGUUGGGACAAUUGCAAAGGGAAGUGCCCAGUCUGUGAUGAGAGAAACAGACAGAAAUAUCAAUCGGUGUCCAAUUGUGGACUGAUUUCCAAGCCUAAUGGCCCCUUCAAGGACUGUCACGACAGGAUCGACCCUGCAGAUUACGUGACCAACUGUGUCUACGAUGUGUGCCUGGUCAAGAGUCACCAGCAACUGUGCCAGGCACUGAAGGUGUACACUGAGGACUGUCAGAGAGAAGGAGCUGACAUUGGUGACUGGCGCACUCCCUCAAACUGUCGGUUGCGUUGCCCGGCGAAGAGCGAGUACAAAGCCUGUGCCAGUGCCUGCCCAGCCACCUGCACUGACCCACAGGCCGAGGCCAAUUGCGGGCAGCCAUGCGUGGAGUCCUGUCGGUGUAAGCCAGGCUAUGUGCUGAGUGCAGGCAACUGUGUUAGCCAGCAGAGCUGUGGGUGCACAAGUAACGGCCAGUACUACAAACCCGAUCAGACCAUCUGGGGCAAUGACCAAUGUACCAAAAAGUGUAGGUGCAACCCACUGACCAAGAAACUGGACUGCGUGAGAGCCAAGUGCAAGCCCAGCGAGACCUGCAAGGUGCUGAAGGGAGUAAGGGGUUGCCACCCGGUCAGUUAUGCCACCUGCCGGGCAUCAGGAGACCCCCACUACAAGACCUUCGACGGCAAGACCUACGAUUUCAUGGGGACCUGUGUUUACCGCUUCUCUGCGCUGUGCGGUGACGACAAGGAGCUGGAGCCUUUCGAGGUCCGAGUGCAGAAUGAGAACAGGGGCAACAAGGCCGUGUCCUACACCCGGCUGGCCUGGGUCCAGGUCUACAACCACACACUGGUCAUCACUAGGCAGCACACCGGCAAAAUCAUAGUGAACGGGGUGUUAGCCAACCUGCCGUUGACCGUGGCCGGGGUGAGUGUGUACCGCAGCGGGUGGGGAGCCACCCUGCAGACGGAUUUCGGCCUGCGGGUCACGUACGAUUGGCGCAGUCGUAUCACCGUCACUCUGCCCAGCACGUACAGCGGCCAGGUGUGUGGGCUGUGCGGAGACUUUGACCGGAACAAGCAGAACGACCUGACCAUGAAGGGGGGCAAGCCAGCUCCCAACCCCACCCAGUUUGGAGAGAGCUGGCAGGUGGCCACCACACCAGGCUGCAGCAGCCAGUGUCAGGGCAAGUGUCCCCAGUGUGACAUCGUGCAGAAGCAGCGCUACGUGACCAACGCCUUCUGUGGGCCCAUCAAAGACGAGGCUGGGCCUUUCCGACUAUGCCUGGCCAAGGUGGAACCCAGCGAGUACUUUGACGACUGCCUUUUCGAUGCCUGUCUAUACAAAGGCCGAGCCCCAGUGGUGUGUGACGCUCUGACCGCCUACACAGCCGCCUGUCAAGACGUUGGGGUCCAGCUGUUCCCCUGGCGGACCCCAACCUUCUGCCCUCAAUCUUGCCCCAAGAACAGCCAUUACGAGUUGUGUGCUUCUGGCUGCCCUGAAACCUGCACCAGUUUGUUGGAGCCCAGGGAGUGCGACGAAGGCUGCAGGGAAGGGUGUCAGUGUGACGAGGGCUUCGUUCUGAGCGGGGAACAGUGUGUCUGGUCGGAGGCCUGUGGCUGCGUCUACAAGGGAGAGUACUACAAGGCCAGGGAGAGCUUCUGGGAUGACGACAGCUGUAGUAGCAAGUGCACAUGCGACCCUCAGACCAACAACGUCCUGUGUCAGCCCCACAAGUGCAAGGCCAGCGAGACCUGCAAGGUGCUGAAGAGAGUAAGGGGUUGCCACCCGGUCAGUUAUGCCACCUGCCGGGCAUCAGGAGACCCCCACUACAAGACCUUCGACGGCAAGACCUACGAUUUCAUGGGGACCUGUGUUUACCGCUUCUCUGCGCUGUGCGGUGACGACAAGGAGCUGGAGCCUUUCGAGGUCCGAGUGCAGAAUGAGAACAGGGGCAACAAGGCCGUGUCCUACACCCGGCUGGCCUGGGUCCAGGUCUACAACCACACACUGGUCAUCACUAGGCAGCACACCGGCAAAAUCAUAGUGAACGGGGUGUUAGCCAACCUGCCGUUGACCGUGGCCGGGGUGAGUGUGUACCGCAGCGGGUGGGGAGCCACCCUGCAGACGGAUUUCGGCCUGCGGGUCACGUACGAUUGGCGCAGUUGUAUCACCGUCACUCUGCCCAGCACGUACAGCGGCCAGGUGUGUGGGCUGUGCGGAGACUUUGACCGGAACAAGCAGAACGACCUGACCAUGAAGGGGGGCAAGCCAGCUCCCAACCCCACCCAGUUUGGAGAGAGCUGGCAGGUGGCCACCACACCAGGCUGCAGCAGCCAGUGUCAGGGCAAGUGUCCCCAGUGUGACAUCGUGCAGAAGCAGCGCUACGUGACCAACGCCUUCUGUGGGCCCAUCAAAGACGAGGCUGGGCCUUUCCGACUAUGCCUGGCCAAGGUGGAACCCAGCGAGUACUUUGACGACUGCCUUUUCGAUGCCUGUCUGUACAAAGGCCGAGCCCCAGUGGUGUGUGACGCUCUGACCGCCUACACAGCCGCCUGUCAAGACGUUGGGGUCCAGCUGUUCCCCUGGCGGACCCCAACCUUCUGCCCUCAAUCUUGCCCCAAGAACAGCCAUUACGAGUUGUGUGCUUCUGGCUGCCCUGAAACCUGCACCAGUUUGUUGGAGCCCAGGGAGUGCGACGAAGGCUGCAGGGAAGGGUGUCAGUGUGACGAGGGCUUCGUUCUGAGCGGGGAACAGUGUGUCCAGUCGGAGGCCUGUGGCUGCGUCUACAAGGGAGAGUACUACAAGGCCAGGGAGAGCUUCUGGGAUGACGACAGCUGUAGUAGCAAGUGCACAUGCGACCCUCUGACCAACAACGUCCUGUGUCAGCCCCACAAGUGCAAGGCCAGCGAGACCUGCAAGGUGCUGAAGAGAGUAAGGGGUUGCCACCCGGUCAGUUAUGCCACCUGCCGGGCAUCAGGAGACCCCCACUACAAGACCUUCGACGGCAAGACCUACGAUUUCAUGGGGACCUGUGUUUACCGCUUCUCUGCGCUGUGCGGUGACGACAAGGAGCUGGAGCCUUUCGAGGUCCGAGUGCAGAAUGAGAACAGGGGCAACAAGGCCGUGUCCUACACCCGGCUGGCCUGGGUCCAGGUCUACAACCACACGCUGGUCAUCACUAGGCAGCACACCGGCAAAAUCAUAGUGAGUCUUCAUUCCUCUUCAGCCCUUCGAGCCUGUGCCGGUUCUUUAGUAGAGUUACCAACUAGUCCAAUUCCCACUUGCAAUUACCCUAACUAUUGCAUCGUGUCUGUCCUACAGGUGAACGGGGUGUUAGCCAACCUGCCGUUGACCGUGGCCGGGGUGAGUGUGUACCGCAGCGGGUGGGGAGCCACCCUGCAGACGGAUUUCGGCCUGCGGGUCACGUACGAUUGGCGCAGUCGUAUCACCGUCACUCUGCCCAGCACGUACAGCGGCCAGGUGUGUGGGCUGUGCGGAGACUUUGACCGGAACAAGCAGAACGACCUGACCAUGAAGGGGGGCAAGCCAGCUCCCAACCCCACCCAGUUUGGAGAGAGCUGGCAGGUGGCCACCACACCAGGCUGCAGCAGCCAGUGUCAGGGCAAGUGUCCCCAGUGUGACAUCGAGCAGAAGCAGCGCUACGUGACCAACGCCUUCUGUGGGCCCAUCAAAGACGAGGCUGGGCCUUUCCGACUAUGCCUGGCCAAGGUGGAACCCAGCGAGUACUUUGACGACUGCCUUUUCGAUGCCUGUCUAUACAAAGGCCGAGCCCCAGUGGUGUGUGACGCUCUGACCGCCUACACAGCCGCCUGUCAAGACGUUGGGGUCCAGCUGUUCCCCUGGCGGACCCCAACCUUCUGCCCUCAAUCUUGCCCCAAGAACAGCCAUUACGAGUUGUGUGCUUCUGGCUGCCCUGAAACCUGCACCAGUUUGUUGGAGCCCAGGGAGUGCGACGAAGGCUGCAGGGAAGGGUGUCAGUGUGACGAGGGCUUCGUUCUGAGCGGGGAACAGUGUGUCCCGUUGGAGGCCUGCGGCUGCGUCUACAAGGGAGAGUACUACAAGGCCAGGGAGAGCUUCUUCUGCGAGGAGAAGUGCUCUGGGAAAUGCCGGUGUCAGCCGGGCGGGAUCGUGGAACGCACCGACUUCACCUGCCCUCCCAAACAUGAAUGUCGAUUGGUGAAUGGCCGGUAUGGGUGCCUCCUGGUUGACGUGCCUGACACCGGCAGCUGCAGUGCAGCUGGAGUGCUCCAUUACCGCUCCUUUGAUGGCCUGGCGUUUGAUUUCGAAGGGACUUGUACUUACACCCUGGCCAAAGUGUGGGAGCAGGAGAAAUGGCUGACACCGUUCACCGUCAACGUGGAAAACAGAAGCUACGGUAACAGUAAGGUGGCCGUGACCAGGCUGGUGGAGGUAGAUGUGUACGGUUACAAACUUAUCCUGGAGACUGGAGUCAAGUGGAGCGUUCAGGUUGAUGGGGUUGCGAUCACUUUGCCCCUGGAGAUAGACGGAGGUAAAAUCCGUGCCAGCCAGCACGGAAACAAGAUAGUGGUGGAGACUGACUUCGGGCUGGAGGUCAGCUACGAUCUGGUUUACCGCGUGGUGGUGACGGUGCCCGGUGAUUACCAGGGCAAGAUGCGAGGCCUGUGCGGCAACUUCAAUGGCGACCGGGAGGACGAGUUCUUGCUCCCUAGUGACAAGCAGGCUGAUGACGUGACGAGUUUCUGCAAAGGCUGGAAGGUGCCUGUCCAGGGAGCCAAGUGUGACGACGGAUGCGGUAACCAGUGCCCUGUGUGUGAGCAGAACAAGAUAAACGUCUUCAAAGGGGUCAGUCUCUGUGGCUUCCUGACCGCCAGUGAUAGCCCUUUGAGAGCAUGUCACUCCACUGUUGACCCGGAGCAGUACUUCCAAGAUUGCCUGUAUGAUCUGUGUAAGGCCAAUGGUAACACCAAGAUGCUGUGCGACAGUCUGCAGGCCUAUGUGUCGGCUUGCCAAGCUAAACAGGUGGACGUGAAGACCUGGAGGAGUAAGACCUUCUGCCCUCUUCAAUGCCCCUCUAACAGUCACUAUGAACAAUGUGCCCAGACCUGCACUGGUAGCUGUGCUGCCGUCAGUGGCUUCCCCAACUGCCCCAAGACCUGUACUGAAGGCUGCGAGUGCGAUGACGGAUUUUAUGCUGAUGGUGACCAGUGCAUUUCCAGUGAGAAGUGUGGCUGCUUUGAGAAUGGACAGUAUUACAAGUCCGAGGAAUAUCAGAUACAGAACAACUGCACCAAGAAAUGCAAAUGUACCAAAGCAGAGUUUGUCUGUGAGGACUUCUCCUGCCCUAAAAAACAGUACUGUGAGAUUAAAGGCGGGAAAAUGGGCUGCGACUCAGAUAUCAAGUGUCCUGAGAACAGUCACUACGCAGCCUGUGCGAUUGCCUGCCCGGCCACGUGCGAGGAUCCCUUGGCUCCCUUGAAAUGCAAACAGCGCUGUGUGGAAGGCUGUGACUGCGACGAGGGCCACGUGAGGACCGGAGACAAGUGCGUCUCAAUCCAGACCUGUGGCUGCGCGCACGGAGGUCGCGUCUACAAACCCAAUGACAGAUUCUGGUCGGAUGGCAAGUGUGAGGAGCUGUGCGUGUGUAACCCUGCCUCGAAUAAGGUGCUCUGCCACAAGAGUAAGUGCAAAUUGAGAGAGCAAUGUGCUCUCGUUGAUGGAGUUCCAAGCUGUGUCCCAACCAGCCAAGCCACCUGCUGGGCCUCGGGAGACCUACAUUACAUCUCAUUUGACGGCGGGAGGUUUGACUUCCAGGGAACCUGCGUCUAUCAGCUGGCCGCCCUGUGCUACAAUGAUCCCAACCUCAUUCCAUUCAAGGUCGACGUUCAGAACAACCAUCGGGGUAACAACGCAGUGGCGUUCACCAAAGUCGUGUUAAUCGAGGUGCACGAAACCACCAUCGUCAUCAGUGUAGACAACCCGCUCAGGAUUACGGUGAACCAAGUGUCGGUCGCCCUCCCAUAUAACUUGGACACGAACCGCAUCGUUGCCUACAGGAGCGGCUGGACAGCUGUGGUGAAGACGGAUUUCGGUCUGAGAGUCACCUUUGACUGGAAGAGCCGGGUUUCCGUCACCCUGCCCAGCAACUACGCUAACAGUGUGUGUGGGCUUUGCGGGAACUACAACAGCGACCGCGAAGACGACUUGAAAAUGCAGGACGGCAAGCCAGCUCCCAGCGCCGUUGCCUUCGGGCACAGCUGGAAGGUGGCUGAUAUCCCCGGCUGCACAGCCGGAUGCACGGAGAACUGUCCUGUGUGCGACACGGCCAGUAAGGUUAAGUACCAAGGCAGAAACUAUUGUGAUAUUAUCCGGAGCAGAACAGGACCCUUCCGUGACUGCCACGCCACCAUCGACCCCAAAGGGUUUUUCGAGAGCUGUGUCUUUGACGUGUGUCAGUACCAAGGGAUACAGGCUCCCCUCUGUGAUGCGCUCUCCGCUUACACUGAGGUCUGUCAGCAGGCAGGUGUGGAAGUCCAUCAAUGGAGGAGCAAUGAUUUCUGCCCGUCGAAUUGUCCCAGGCACAGCCACUAUGAGCUCUGCGGGUCUGGCUGCCCUACUACAUGUAGCCCAUCUGAGGGGUGUGAAGCCUCCUGUAAAGAGGGCUGCCAGUGUGAUAGCGGCUUCACGCUGAGCGGGGAGGAGUGCGUUCCCCUCAACCAGUGCGGCUGCCGGUACGAGGGCCGCUACUACAAGAGAGGGGAGGUCUUUUACCCCCGGGACCUCUGCCAAGAGAAGUGUACGUGUCAGGACAACAAGCAGGUGGCAUGUGAGAACUUUACUUGUUGCCACAAACAGGAGUGUAAGGUGGUGGACGGAGUCAAGGGCUGUCAUGCAGAGGGAUGUGGCAAGUGUGUCGCGGCUGGAGACCUUCAUUACGUCUCGUUCGACGGCCUGGCCUUCGACUUCCAAGGCACUUGCACUUACGCUGACGAAGGUCAUGGUCGAGGACAAGAAGCUGGUCAAGUUCCAUGUGCAGGUGGAGAACAAGAAGUUGGGCAAUGGGGAGUCACCAGACUCGUGUUGGUGGAAGUUUAUGGACACAAGUUCCUAAUGAAGAAAGACAACAGGUGGAAAAUGUGGGUUGACGAUGAGCUAAUUUACCUGCCCUACACGUUGCCGUCCAAAACAGUCAAGGUCACCCAGGAGGGAGUCAACUUGGUGCUGAAGACAGCCUUUGGGUUGCAGGUCACUUACGACGCAGUCUAUUACGUGGCGGUGGGCGUCCCCAGCACGUAUCAGGACAAAUUGGGUGGUCUUUGUGGCAACUUUAAUGGCCUGAAGACUGACGAGUUUAAGAGCCCUGACGGGCAAGUGUUGAGCAACCCGACUGCAUUUGGGUCCAGCUGGAAGGUGGUUGUUGAGGGAGCCAAGUGUGCAGACGGAUGUGAAGGGCAAUGCCCAGAGUGUGAUCCCAGCCGUGUGGCCACUUUCCAGUCAGUGGAUCAAUGCGGCCUAUUGACCACAGAGAAGUCUUCCUUACACGAAUGCCACCAGCUCAUCAAUCCUCACAACUACUUUCAGCACUGCGUGUACGAUGUGUGUAAGGCGAAUGGGGACGUCAAGGUCCUCUGUGACAGCAUUCAAGCCUAUGUGUCGGCCUGUCAGGCCGUGGGAGUCAACAUUGAGAGCUGGAGGACCCCUACCUUCUGCCCUCUCGCUUGUCCUGCGAACAGCCAUUACAAGGUGUGUGCUGACACCUGUGGGUCUAACUGUGCAGGGCUCCUCGCUCCAGUGACCUGUAAGUUCAAGUGCACCGAGGGCUGUCAAUGCGACUCUGGCUUCGUCUUCAGUGGUGAACAGUGCAUUCCUAUAGCUAAGUGCGGCUGCACAUUCGAGGGCAGAUACAUCCAGCUAGGGGAGACGGUGCUGACAGACGACUGUAAGGCAAAGUGUAGUUGCCAGGCCUCUGGGGUGGUGCAUUGUCAGUCUGUGAGCUGCUCUACCAACGAAAUCUGUGAGGUCAGGGAUGGUGUGCGAAAUUGCUUCAAGGAUGGCACGUGCUCAAUCAAGCAGGGGAAGCGCUUCACCACCUUCGACGGUUUAUCCGGCGAUGUACGAUUGCCGGGCGUCUAUGAGAUAGCUUCGCUGUGUAACACGAGCUCCUCUGCCUGGUUCCGGGUGGUGGCGGAUUUCCGAGU